AUGUCUGAGAGCAACAGCAACGACAGCGACUCCACCGCCACCAACCCCACUCCCUGCCGCUCCAAGCCCAAGCCCAAGCACACGCCCAGCCGCCCAAAGUCCACGACCACCACUUCCCAAGACGGCGGCGAAGGCGAGGCCGAGGCCGAUGUGGACCCCAAGGACAACGCCGACGACCCCACCGACGGCGAUACCGACUACAAGCCGGCCCAGAAGCGCCCCCGCUUCACCACUGGCAACUCGUCCGCCGGCGGCAGACGCAAGUGGACCUCUACUGAGAUGGAGCUCCUUCUCGACGCCGCGCUCCGUGGUAGCGUGCCCAUUUCGGUCUUUGAAGGCGCCGUUCCGGGGCGUACAAGGAACCAGUCCGAGCUGGCUUGGCGUAACACAGUCCUGCCAUUCCUCCGCCGUUCUCUUCGCGAGAAGAAGUGA